CUCGCAUUGAGUACGUAACUCCGUUUUGGCGGGCUUUUGAUGUGAAAAUGUCAUCCACUUGCGAGGAACGAAAAUUCUUAACACCAAAGAAUGAAAUCUGUGAAUCUCACAACUAUGAAGAAAAUUCAGAAAAGGAAAACAUUAAGUCAGUUAUAGCAUUCAGUAAUGACGAGCAGCAGUAUUUGGACGCAAUUCAACAAAUUAUUGGCCAUGGCAUUGUACGCACUAACCGCACAGGCAUCAACACUCAAACCAUAUUCGGCAUGCAGAUGCGAUACAACCUGAGAAACAGUUUUCCACUGCUGACAACAAAACGUGUUUUCUGGCGUGGUGUGGUGGAAGAGCUUUUGUGGUUUAUCAAAGGAAGCACAAAUGCCAAAGAACUUUCAAGAAAAGAUGUACAUAUAUGGGAUGCCAAUGCCUCUAAAGAUUUUCUUGAGAAAAAUGGAUUAGGUCAUAGAGAAGAAGGAGAUCUAGGCCCAGUAUAUGGUUUCCAGUGGCGACAUUGUGGAGCAGAAUAUGUAGAUAUGCAUGCUGAUUACACUGGACAAGGUACCGAUCAAUUGGCCCAGGUGAUUGAUUUGAUACGCAACCAGCCAGAUUCUCGGCGCAUUAUAAUGUGUGCUUGGAACCCACCAGAUGUACCCAUAAUGGCACUACCCCCAUGCCAUUGCCUUACACAGUUUUGUGUCUUGAAUGGGGAGCUUUCUUGUCAACUGUACCAGCGUUCUGCAGACAUGGGUCUGGGUGUACCAUUCAAUAUUGCCAGCUACUCACUACUGACUUUGAUGAUUGCACACAUCACAGGCCUGAAGCCUGGAGACUUUGUCCACACAAUAGGUGACGCUCAUGUCUACGUCAACCAUAUAGAACCUCUCAAGAAACAGCUUGGUCGAAAGCCUCGGCCCCUACCAACUGUGAAUAUCAGGCGCAAAGUGGAAAAAAUUGAGGACUUCACAUAUGAGGAUUUUGUGCUAGAGGGCUAUAAUCCGUAUCCAAAAAUAAAAAUGGAAAUGGCUGUCUAAGUCUUUUAGUAGUAUAAUAAAGACACGUAAAUAUUGUGAAUUGUGGGCCUUAUUAUAAAUAGACUGUUGGAGGGGGGGGGGGGGGGUAAUUUUCUAACUAAAGUCUUGCAGCAUAAUCGUGCCGGUGCUAAUUUUUGAUGCAUGCUGUGGCAGAUCAUAAACUGAAAAAAAGUUACAAUAAUCCUUCAAAAAGUGACCUUGCAUGGAUGUUUGUGAAGCACUUUGUUAGUGCAGCUAUUGUUUUAUGGGCAAUGUUUUUCGAAGAUCUGGCAGAUCAUAAAUUUGACAAAAUUUGUCUCUUAUAUCUACUUUUUUUAACAUUGCAAACAUAUGCUAUUUUGGACUUUGAUAAAUCAUCAUGGUGCUGCCUUUCUGUAAAAAAAAACUUCAUAAAUCUCAACAUUUGUUACCUUUUUGUGAGUUUAAGAUCUCACGUUACACAACGAACCACCUGAAGUGUUCAGUUAUUCAUAAAUCUGCUUUAUACUUUUUCUUCUAUGAUUGCAGAAUUUUAGUAUUAGAAUUUAGAUGUUUCGAGUCUCUUGAAUGAAUUUUAUAGUGCUGCACCUUAUGCAUUAUUAGCCCUUAUGUAAGUUGUCAGUCUUACCUUUUGCCAGUAUUUCAUGUUUGAUCUUGCAGAAGUAUCAAGUGAAGACUGUGUUUAGUAUUGGUAACAAGUUAAACUUAGUAGUGAUUAAUUAAAUGGUUAAUCUUAAUUACUUUCUUUUUCCAUAACUGCUUUAGUUGCAAGUAUGUGAUUUGUUUAAACUUUGGUGUCAUGAGUGCGUCGAGGGGAUCAUGCUGUUGUAAAAAAAAACAAAAACCAUAUGAAUGUUAACUUUUGUAUAUUUAUGCUUUAGUGUGAGUUUAUGAUCUCACAUUAUGCAGUAAACCACCAAAGGUGUUCACUUGUACAUAAUACUGCUUUGUAUUUCGUGGCGCAACUGUUAGCACCUGUCACCAAUGCAGUAAAGGUUGGCUGUCCUGGGUUUAACUCUCGACUUAGGUGCACUGUUCUUUCUCUGCUUGUGACAUCUGUUUACAGCGCUGGCUGACUUACCAAGAUAUAGUUAUAGUUGCUGGCUCAAUGUAAAAUACCAAUUCACCCCAGCACACAAAACCACCACCCCACCUGCUUUGUAUUUGUUUUCCUUUCCUCAUUAUGUGGAAAUUUUAGGAGACGGAGACAAGGUUUGUCUCUAAUCUGUGUAAAUAUGUUCAAUAGAUAUUGUUAAAUCUUUAUUUAAUUAUAUUUUAAUUGCAUAGAAGUUUCAUCAUAAAGAAAUCUUUUUUCCCACUUGUAAAUAUUUGAACAGAAGUUAGUGUGCGCAAGUCCUGUACUUUCAAGCACAACUUUUUCCCAGCAAACACUGCCAUGGUUAAAUAUCAUGUAUAAAUGCUUUAGUAACCAAUAAAUUGACUUCAGAGAAA